CAAGAUUAUAAUCCGCGUAUAAGAAACUAAGCAUAGUUCUUGCAUCAUCAUCCGGGUGCACCGAUGACGGCGUAUGUGCGCACAUGGCUGGUGAUGGCGGCGCUAGUAUGCACGCUAACCCUGCUGCUGCGCUCAGCGGAUGCGCAGGCGGCCGCCGCUCCAUCGCUGUCAUCGUCAUCACCGGCACAGAAGCCCAAGUGUGUGCCCGGGCCUGCGACACCGUGCCGUGUGGGCGCGUCCAUGCGCGACCCGGAGAACCAGGAGGAGGAGGGGAUGUUCAAUGUGAAGGCGAGGGCACCAAGCGGUGCAGGAGACACAGACAGCGACGAUGACUACAGUGACCCCGACCAGCCCAAAGACCCUGACCAGCCUGACGAUGACGACCUCGUUGUUCUCGGCCACUGAUCGAUACGAUAGACGGGCUGGUCCAGCAUGACCGCUCAUGCUUUCUGCUAGAUUUCUUUUUCAGAUUAGGGAUGAGCUACUGUUACCUUUAUGGGACUACCAUGAAGGCCACGUAGAAUGUGCAAUCUCGCUGUAAGGAUUUGUUGG